AUGGGCAAGACAAAAGGCAAAAGCCUAAAGCCGGCAGGCAUUGACAGGCCAAGCGAGAUCCUUUCCGAAUCUCUACCUUCUGUUCGGCCGAGGAGCCCGCUGAAAGCUGCAGAUGGCCACAAUGUUGAUGGAUGGGCGGAUGAGGAUAUCCGCACGUACAAUGAAUUGCUCAACGAAAGAGCAAAGCUUGAGAAGGAGAAAAAUGAGCUCGAGCAGAAGUCGUCGAGACACCAAACCCAGCGAGCAUUACUCGACGAGAAUGCCACAGCUCUUGACAACCUCUUCAAAGCACAAUUAGGAGGUGAUUUCAAGUUCAUCGGGUCUGGUUCGUGCUGUCUGGACGCAGAUUUUGACGAUCCUUGUCUAGAGGGAUCCGAGGGCGCCGACUUUCCUUGUAAGCAUGAAAUUUGCAUGCGGGCAAAGACCAAGGGUGUCUCGUGGAUGGAGAUGGACACGAUUAAGUAUUACCAUGCAAGGAUCAUGUCUGAAAAAUCCCAAAGAAUGCAAAAUGCACUACGCAAACAAAGAGACGUUGAGUUGGUUCGUGUCAAGAAGGAUGAUGAAGAGGAGCUUGCUUUGAGAACACGCAGGAAUGCCAUUCUGGACAAAGCUACCCGCAGCAGCAGUGGUUCAGGCGCCCCCCCGGCUGACGAUCGCGACAAGAGUGGUCUUUGGGGUUCAUCCCCGUUAGAUAUGCUCACUCCCAAAGACUUCCUCUUUGAUCCAAAGAACACUGCCAUUUUGGAGGCAGCUAAAGAGAAUGAGCACAUCGUGCGGCGGAUUAGGGGAAGGCUGGAAAAGAUCCGACAUGACGUCAAUGCAGGCAGGGUGUCGCCAGCAGAUGCGCGUGUCAAGCUGGAUCAGGCCAAUUCUGAAAUGGCGGAGGCAGAGAGAAAGAACAACGAGUUCCGGAAGAUGAUUCUGGACGCCGAGCCCGAUCUCUCGCGAUUCAAGUUUAACCCACACAAUUCUCCGGGGCUGUCUACUGUCCUCCAAAACACCCUCGCCUCGACAAGUGCAGACGCCUUUUCUCAGGCCUUGAGUGUCAUGAAGGGCUUUUUUAGUGCGUCUGAUCCCCAUGACGUGCAGACCGCCAUCGCAGACCUCCGCAGUGUUCUCGAACUCAACGGGCCCAUGUCUCCGGUCCUCCGCAAAUCCUUCCAAGCUCUGGAAGAGAUGCUGGCUAAACCGAAUGCCAAAGGCUUCACAGUCGAUGUUUCCACCGGCGAUGGUAAAACUCGGACCUGUAACAACGUUGUGGAAGUCAUGAUGAAUCUCCGGAUGAAGAUGCAAUCUUCAGACAAUCCCUCCGCUGCGGCCGAUCCGGAUUUGAACCUUGACGAAGACACGAUCAAAGCGAAUCUCGAGUGCAUCAAGGUGGAGGAAGCGGCAAGAAACGAGAUGGAAAAGGUCUCGGACAGGAUGUCUGUUGACACCAUUGAAAAUGUCUCGGCGGCCCUCAAAAAAAUCAAGUCGAAGGCUAUUUUAAAGUCUCCAAUUCCACCUCUAUCCGAUAUUGUCCUGGACGACGUGAUCACCGAUAUCCUCUUCCACCGCUCAGUCAAAGCUCUGGCGGCCGAGGCAGCUCUUGGAGAAAAUGUUUCCCGGCUGUCGGCCAGAACCACCGCGCUCGUGAUUGCCACAGCUCGAAGCAAGCCCGAAAAAUACCUAGAAUCAUUAGAAAUGAUCAAAGCUUCCAUCAAGAAGACACAAAAGAAGGAACCACCUCAAAGUCUUCUCGAGGCAAUCUCGAAAGUGGAAGCCUCGAUUCCGAAAUUUGUCGCCGCACAACUCGAGAAACAGAAGAAGCUCGCGGCCAAGAAAGCAGCAUCUACCGGCUCUGCGACAGGGGUUGAUCCGGGAUCAAGCAGUGCCAGGCAGUCUUCAACCAGGCAUCUGCUUGACGGUACCUUUGCGGAUGGUGAGGCAUGGGAUCUUUUCAAAAAAUUCUUCGAUACCCCGAUGGUCAAAAACGCUGGCACGGUACGUGCGCGCGUCGUUGCGCACUAUCAUUUUAAUAUCGAAGACGGCAUCUGGGAGAUGUUCCGAGUCAUCGCCAAUCAUCACAUCCAACACACCUUUCGGUUUGAACCUUGGGAUGCUGAGAAAGAGUUCUACCGCGCUAAUAUGAGUCUCGCUGCCUCGAGACCGGAGAAAGUCCACGAUACCAUCCUGACCCUCAAAGAGAAGGGAAUCUGUCCUGGCAUGGCUGCCGUGGUGAUUGCACAACGUCUUACAUUCCAGAUCAGAGACAAUUUCGAGGAAGCCAAAGACAUUUCAAUUGUACUGAGAAACACGUUCUCCCAUUACGACCCGACCAACAAUGGGGAAUGGUUCCAAGUGUUCAAUUUCAUAGCCCAAGCUAUGACAGAUGUUCUGGCCGUCAUUGUCUUCUCUGUUUCCGCCCUCGAGCCUAGGGAUGCAUCGGUCAUGGCCGCCGACGUGAACGGAAUUCUGAGCACAUUCGUAUUGGCAGCCGUGGAUGGAGAUCAGGCCGAAACAAACCUCCAUGUGAUCGAAGCGUUCAUUAGAAGUAUUUUGGUGGACUCUGUUGAUGAAAGUGAAACCGACAAGCUACAAGAUGUCAUCACUCGAUUCCUUCACAUGUGCCAGUUCUCACGCUAUAGGUGCUCGCCGCAACACACAUGUAAAUUACGGAUAAGAGAGCUCAACGUCGAGAAAUUGAAGCCACUGGUUCCUGCGCCGCUCAAUUUGAAAAAGAGGCCGCCAGAGAGCGCUGCAGGGGAAAGCCAGCAUGUGCCAAGCCCACCGGGACUCCCUCGACAUAUCCUUCUUCAAUCCAAGGUGGAUGAACAUUGGGACAUGGCUUGCAGUCUCGUUCCUCAUCUGUCUUGUCCAACGGGAAGCGAGUGCGACUGCAGUCCAGCAUUGCAAAAGUACGCAGAAGAAAUGCGGGCCCUAAAAUUGGGGUGCGACGCCGAUUUCGACGCCAUCAACUCCCGGGCCGAAAUGGGCAUGUCGAUACCAGACACUCUCAUGGAUUCAAUUGAAAAGAAAGAGUCAGCAAUGCACAAUCAACUUUUCAACUACGGAGACUGGGCCAAGAAACCAAGGAGCCCGCUCGUGUUCAAAUUGUCGCGGUUUGAAGAGCGCCUCGCCGAUGCCUCGACGUCGGGAAAGACCCUCAGUAAGGAGCAAAGCAUGCAACUCAAACAAGUUCCAGGAGGCGUGCCGAGUAUCCAGAAGAGUACCUCGAGCAAUACUUCCGAGACAGGCAACCUCGAGAGAGAAUCCAAAGAUGAACGCAACCUUCAGCCGACCGGAAAACCAGUCUCGGUAAACGCAGGAGCACCAGAUGUGGAAUCGGGACAGUUCACCUCUCUGGUCGACUUGGGCCUCUCUGAACCACGGAAUAGAACUGUUUUCGCAGCUCAGUCCGACUUCCCCAUGAGCGAACGGGAAGGUACAAUCAAAGCCCAGAUACUCGAAUUCAUCCACGGAAUAUACAAGAUGGACCGGGUUGCCUCAGAGUUAAAUGGUCUUACUUUCCGGGACACGCUCCAUGGUGUUUCACUGCAACUACAAGACAUGGCAAUUGGACACAUUGAAACGGCCUGGAUCAUCGCCAGAGCUCAAGGCUACACCGGAUUGCAAGCUUGGCUGGAGCGAGAAUACGCUGGAGUGGAAGACGAUAGAAUUACACGUGAUGUUCAUAUCCGGGUCCCAGCAGAGUAUGCUACGUCAAAGGCUGAGAAUAAAAGUGCUCCUAAGAAAGGCCCAAACCCAUCUCAGGGACACACUGCCCGACCUCCCCCAAGUCCCGCUGCAGGAGCACCUUCGCUCGAGCGGCACACUGAGCAAACACUCACUGAGAUGGAGCGAAUAGGUCAAGAUUUUAUUCAAAAGAUGCAGAUCAUCCCUCAGCCUCGCAUCGGUCGUCCAAAGCGCAAGCAGUAG